AUGGAUAUUCGUGAUGAUCCUGCUAAUAUUGAAGCCGAACUAUCAGUGCAGGCACAAUGUUACGGCUUACCAUUCGGAGCCUUUGGCAUUGUCUGCUGGUUAUUGACACUUACUGCUAUUAUUUUAGUGCAUUUAAGAUGCCCUUUGUUUACGCCGUGGCGAUGGGGGCAGCCAUAUAGCUCACCCGAUAGAAUAUGGGCAAUCUUUCCGUUUACUAUGAUUAUAGGACCGGCAAUUUACACAUGUAUCAAGUGUCGGGAAGAAUGGAUGCUAGUACUCAUUGCGAUCGGACAACUCACUCCGUGGAGUGUAAAAAUAUACAAUGACGGGUACGCAGGUGGUGUGACAGAGGAAAGAAACAGAUUUUAUCUGACUCUUGUAUAG